CUCCAGGGGUUAAUGAGGGCUGCUGGGGGCGUGGCAAAGCUAUUGGUGGUUGGCUGGCUGCCCGCUCUCCUAAUCCAGGGAUUGUUAUGCAGCUGCACCUCCUAUUCGAUGGACAAGACCCCAGCCGUCAUCUCUCCCCAAGACCCCACCCUCCUCAUCGGCUCCUCGCUCACCGCCUCCUGCUCGGUCGGGGCCGAUUCGAGCCUGAGAGCUGAGGAUCUGUACUGGACUCUAAAUGGUCGGCGGCUCCCAGCGGAGGCCUAUGACGUCCUCAGCACCACCACACUGAGCGUGACCAUCUCCAAUUUGAACGGAUCGCAGCAGCAGUCGGGGGAUAACUUGGUCUGUCACAGCAAGGACGGAGGCAUCCUGGCUGGCUCGUGCCUCUACGUCGGACUACCGCCAGAGAAGCCCACCAACAUCUCCUGCUGGUCUAAGAACAUGAAGGACCUCACCUGCAAAUGGGCCCCUGGAACGGAAGGAGAGACCCACCUUCACACCAAUUAUACCCUCAAGUACAAACUCAGGUGGUAUGGGCGUGAUAACACCUGCCAACAGUAUCACACAGCCGGACUAUAUUCCUGCCACAUCCCCAAAGACCUGGCUCUUUUUACACCUUACGAAAUCUGGGUCGAAGCCUCCAACCGACUUGGGGUGGCUGUGUCCGAAGUGGUCAUGCUGGACAUCGUCGAUGUUGUGACAACGGACCCCCCCUCCAACGUCCACGUGAGCCGCGUCGGAGACUUGGAGGACCAACUCAGCGUCCGAUGGAGCGCCCCACCGGCCCUCAAAGACUUCCUCUUCCAAGCCAAAUAUCAGAUCCAGUAUCGAGUGGAGGACAGUUCGGAGUGGAAGGUGGUGGACAACGUGGGCAACCAGACCUCGUGCCGACUGGCGGGGUUGAGGCCGGGCACUGUCUACUUUGUCCAAGUCCGUUGUAAUCCCUUCGGCAUCUACGGUUCGAAGAAGGCUGGAAUUUGGAGCGACUGGAGCAACCCAACAGCGGCCUCCACCCCUCGGAACGGGCGUGCCACGGGUGUGUGUGAGCCAAAGAACGGGGAACACAAUAACACACUUCGUCGGGAGCUUAAGCAGUUCUUCGGAUGGAUGCGCAAGCAUGGAAGUUCGUAUGGCUGCGCCAACCUGAGCAUCAAAAUGUACGACCAGUGGCGCGUCUCGCUGCAGAAGUCGCACAAAACGCGGAACCAGGUAGGUCCUAUCCGGCGAUAAAUCGUAGCAAAGUUUGAAGGACAGACGUGCCCAGCAAACAAGGACUGUCCAGUGGGUGCAGGGGCCAGUUCUCCUUCCUGAUGGGACGGGGAGCCGCAAAGGGCUUGUCUUGUCGCAAGCAGCUGGUGCAGGAAGACGGUUGUUUGUUGCGCCCGCACGCUGACCUUCCCUCCUGGUGCCGCCACGGCCCGGUUCCUCCCCGUCAAGUGGCAAGGAGUGACCCUGUUGUCCUCCCUCCCAAUAAAUCUUUGUCCGUCAACAUUUCGCUCGGGAGAACGUUAACGUCUCUCGACUUUUCCCGUUUUUGCCUCCUUGGUCUCUGCCACUAGAGGGCGCUGUUGCGACAAGGGCUAAUCUUCCCUCCACCAGCCCUCCAAAGGGGCUCAGCAUUCCGGCCAGAAAGUUCCGGAAGUUUCGAGGCCUGAAGCGUGGGGCGGGAGGGAGGGAAACGGCUUAAGUUAUCUCCUGACAUUUCAUGUGGAUUCCUUUUCUUUUUUUACUAAAAUAAAGAGGAUUAAUUUAAAAAA